AUGAAAGCACUUAUUCUCGUCGGUGGUUAUGGCACACGUUUACGUCCAUUGACUCUUACAAAACCAAAACCAUUGGUUGAAUUUUGUAAUAAGCCAAUGGUUCUCCAUCAAAUCGAAGCAUUAGCUCAAGUUGGUGUCACACAUGUAAUAUUAGCUGUUAGUUAUUUAUCGGAUAUGCUUCAACGAGAAAUGGAAGUAGAAGCUAAACGAUUAAAUAUAAAAAUAACAAUCUCGCAAGAAACUGAACCUUUAGGAACAGCUGGCCCAUUGGCAUUAGCACGGGAACUUCUUGACUCAGACAAUGGUCCAUUUUUUGUUCUGAAUUCUGAUGUCAUAUGUGAAUUUCCAUUCAAUGACAUGAUCAAAUUUCAUAAAGAACAUGCUUGUGAAGGCACUAUUGUUGUUACAAAAGUCGACGAACCAUCUAAAUAUGGUGUUGUUGUCUAUGAAAAAAAUACUGGCAAAAUUGAUCGAUUCGUUGAGAAACCACGUGAAUAUGUUUCGAAUAAAAUCAAUGCUGGCCUUUACAUCUUCAACUCUGCUAUACUUAAUAGAAUCGAACUACGACCAACAUCGAUUGAAAAAGAAAUAUUUCCUGCAAUGGCUGCUGAUAAACAAUUAUACGCAUUUGAACUUCAAGGGUUUUGGAUGGAUGUUGGUCAGCCGAAAGACUAUCUAACUGGAAUGAGUAUGUACCUGAAUUAUGUUCGACAUUCGAGUUCAGAUAGAUUAUCACGUGAGAAUGGUAUAGUUGGAAAUGUAUUGGUGGAUCCAACAGCUAAAAUUGGUGAACGAUGUCGUAUAGGCCCUAAUGUUGUCAUUGGUCCACGAGUUAUCAUACAAGAUGGAGUAUGUUUAAAAAAUUGUACAAUCCUCGGUGAUUCUCUAAUCAAAAGUCAUUCAUGGAUUGCCAAUUGUAUUAUUGGUUGGCGAUGUAAUAUUGGCCAAUGGGUUCGUAUGGAAAAUACGAGUGUACUUGGACUUGAUGUAUCAGUACAAGAUGAAUUGUUUGUAAAUGGAGGUAUUAUAUUACCGCACAAAGCCAUUAGUGAAAGCAUUUCAGAACCGAAAAUUCUUAUUUGA